ACAGAAGCCCUGACCUCCCAGGCCUGGGAGCACAUCUUUCUUCCCACAGCUUGGUGCUUACUUCAAAGUCUGAUACAGAAAAAAUUAAUUGAUUUUUAAACAUCCUUGGAGUACACAGGCCUCAACACCCUCUAGCAGCCCGGACCUGUAAUUUUCUUCAAGCAUGGAGAAGUUGAACUUGUUGGGAUUCCUCAUCAUCACCUUAAACUGUAACAUGACCGUCAUGGGCAUGAUCUGGCUGAUCGUGACGGUCUUGCUGAGGAUGCUAGUGGUGGUCUUGGCAGGGUCACCUAUCUAUGAGGAUGAACAAGAGAGGUUUAUUUGCAACACACUCCAACCAGGAUGUGCCAACGUUUGCUACGACCUCUUUUCCCCAGUGUCACCACUGCGGUUCUGGCUAGUGCAGAGCCUGGCCCUGCUUCUGCCUUCAAUCAUCUUUGGCACUUACACCCUACACCUCGGUGCGAAGCUGGCUGCAGGGGGAGCCUGCAGGCCCCAGGUGCCCGACCUGUCAACUGCCUACCUGGUGCACCUACUGCUGCGCAUGCUGCUGGAGGCUGGGCUGGCUUCCCUGCACUACUUUCUCUUUGGCUUUUUUGUGCCCACCAGCGUGUCUUGCUCGCAUGUACCCUGCUCAGGGGCUGUGGACUGCUACGUGUCGCGGCCCACGGAGAAGUCCCUCCUGGUACUAUUCUUUUGGGCAGUGAGUGCGCUAUCCUUCCUGCUCAGCUUGGCUGACCUGCUUUGGAUCCUGCCGAGGAGGACACUGAGGACCACGCAGUGGAUGAAUGGAGAGGCUAGAUCAGUCUGUGAAGUACCUGCACCUCCCCCUUGCCUCUUACAAAACCCCCAGGGCUAUCUUAGCCAAGGUCAGGUAGACCAGGAGGACAGACAGGAGGAGCAAGUUGUGCCUGAAUUCCCCUGCAUGUGGACAGCAGGGCAGGGCAACAAUAGCAAUGCUGGUCAGGUCAGUGUGUCAGGGCUGCUGGAGCACUCAGACCAAGAUGUUAGCGAGGCCCCUUCCUCAGCUGGUGACAGGCUGACAGUGGCUCACACAGCAUAUGAGCUCAGAUCCCAUAGAGACACUUCACUGGACCUGGGGGGCAAAAACACCCAGUCCGAUGAGCUCUCCUUGGCUACCCAGAGCCACCUGGCCAGACAGGCUUCAGCCAGCCAGCCUCAAGCUCCAGGCCGACUGACCACCUCAGGCAGUACUCCCCAUCUGAGAACCCAAAAGUCUGAGUGGGUGUGAAAGCAGCCAUGCAGAGCCCCAAAGCCCCUUUUCCAGCACCGCACUGCCCUUUGUUCUCAGGGCAGGGUAAGAGGUUUCUUCAUCUUGUAUUCUUGCUGAGAUCAUUUUAUAUUUAACUAGAAAUGUUAUUUCCAUGGUGUAGAGACCCAUGGAAAACUAUCCUACACUGUUCUAAGAACCUGAGGUCAAGAUGGUCUAGCUAACUUACUUUCUGUUAAAUGGCUUGCUUGGGCAAACCGCCUCCUCCAUCUAAUCACUUAUUUUAGCUUUUAUUGACCUGUUUGAUUAAGCAAAAGCUCCCUCUGCAGCUUCAGAGCAAGAGGCCCUUCAGGGUCUAGUAUGACCUUGGUAGGGGUGGAAUGACAUGGUUCCUACCCCUGGAACAGGGGCAACAGGGCAUGGGCCUCCCUCCUUGAGUGUCAAUGGCUGCUGUAGGCUUGCUUGUAUACUACUGUACAUAUUUUUACAUUCCUCUUUUAAGGAAUGUCUUCCCUGUUAACAUUAAUGCCUCUAUGCUAACCAGAGAUAGCACGCGUUGGAGUUGCUGAUGUCUCUGCAGACUUGUAAAUGUCGGGGUAGUCCUUCGGGGUAGUUCUUCAGGCUGUGGGAAGAACCCCUAGAAGCAUGAGUUAAAAUAGUUAUGAUUUCUCAACUAUGCAAAAUGUAAGGAUGCAAUAUGAACUAUAUGAGGGGCUUCGCAAACUGUACUGUGAGCCAACUUGUCAGAAAGCUACUCAGGAGGGAGAUGGAGAGAUUGGGGAGUGGUGAUCUCAAGAGAUCUUAACUAGCUAAGAUUUAGGUUUGUGCUUACAAAGGCAGAACAAGGCUAGGCCCAGACAUGGUCCCACCUAGUUAACAGAGGCAGGCAGAUCUCUGAACUCUUUUGCAAUGUUUAAAAAUAUAUGUGUUUGCUGUCUCCUAAGAACCAAGAGGCUGUGGUCAUGGGAUGCUGAUUCAUAGGAUAAUCAAAAGGGAAUCUGGAGUAAAUGACUGGAUUGAGAUGCAAAAUAAAAGACUGGGCUUAUGAUCUGCAAUAUUUUAGAAUAGCAAGAAAGAACUGCUUGGAGAACUGUCUAGAGCAGAAAAUGGAAAGAGCUGUCUGGAAAUCUCCAGAGAAAGCAGAUCAGAGAGAAAAUCUUGAAAGCAGAACAGACGUUGUCAGCUUGGACCCAUGAUUUGACUUCGAUUGGUUUGUUUCAAUGCUCUCAAACACCUUUCUCUCCCUCCAAGUGAAGGCUGGUUCUUGGCAAAAAAAAUCCUUACCCUAAAAUCUCAGAGCUAUACUUGGGUCCCCAAUACCUGAAUGUAGUUCCAGUCAGCUAUAAUAAAGACUUUCAAUUGCCU